AUGCAAUCUGAAGAUAAUUUGACUGCGGAAUGUUCUAAGGCUUCCAAAAAUUCUGGUGAUGAACUUGCCGAAGAGACAAUUACCGACGAAACGAUUACGCAAAUUGAUCCCUCAUUUUGGGAUGAUUAUGAAAAGUUGGACCUUAAUGAAGAACGUUUGAAUCGUUACGCUAAUGAGCUGUCUUCUGAAUCAACAUCUAAAUUCACUGCCACUCCUACUAACGUCAAUGGGAGGGAAGAUGGAUCUAGCAGAUCCAAGAAAAGGAAAGUGAUUAUAGAUAGGAGAGAUAGAGCUAUAUCUGAUGCACUUGCUAACAUUGAUCGUUCGAAGGAAGUUGACCUUUAUUCUAUGUCGGGCCAUAUUGCUGCGGCCAAAGAUUGUAUUUUACAGGUGACAAAACAUAUUAAAGAAAUAAACCCAAGCAUUAAAAUCCGUGUUGGUUUUUGUGGUUAUCGCGAUCAUUGUGAUGCCUCUCGCAUACAACUUUUUGAUUUUACAAACUCGUAUGAAAAGUUCAGAAAAAGUUUGACUAAAGUGCCAGCUACUGGCGGUGGUGAUCCGCCAGAAGAUGUUCUUGGGGGUCUUAAUGCCGCCAUAAACCAAUUAUCCUGGCAUGAUGGUACAAGGGUUCUUCUCCAUGUUGGAGAUUAUCCACCUCAUGGUCUUCGUUUUUCUAGCAUGCAAGAUAAUUAUCCAAAUGGAGAUCCAUACGGUUUAACAGCAGAGAGC